CCGUGCUCUGUCGAUCGGAUCGCGUCGCCGAGUUCCAUGCAAUGCCGCCAUUGUAAAUAUUGCUUACAAACUUACUCGGACUUGGCUGUUGUGUUCGUGGAUUCAAAUGCAGAUUUGUCGGCUUCCAUUCAAGGAGCUUGGGGUUGGUUCAUGAGCCCCAAAUUGCGUCCCCAGCGGUGUGAUGUGAGUGAGUCGUGUUUCUGUGCUUGGAGAUGACCGAGGGAGCUCAGCGACAGACAAAUUGAAGGUUGCACCCACUGCGGCGUGGAUUGCCACUUGACUGCGCGAUGGAGUCUGUAAAGCAGCAGGAAAGGUGCAGGAAUCGCGUGACCGCGUCGGUAGCUGUGGGAGGAGUUGGAAUCGAGAUGGGAAGGGCACUUGACUUCCCGACCACUUUCGACGGUAACUUAUGCGGUUUGUUUGUUAUCUGCAUCGUUUGCAUAGUCUGGUGGAAGGUCGGCGAGCGCGGAGUGUUAAAUCGUAACCGAAAGACAGGCAGGAGGAUGUUUGUAAAAGGAAAAGAUGUGAAGUUGCCUUGAGCACGCUGGUAGUUGGAGUAAGUUUCUUGAAUAGAUUUCUGGAUGCGUCUGUGGUAGGCGAAUCUGCGCGGUUAUCACAAAGGGCUUUGAGCUUACGUCCAAGUUGUGAUUCAAGAGUGCCAUGGAUGAGUCAACGCACAGGACUGGAUUACAGGAGGUCGUCGUGGGACACGGAGAGGUUGAAAGCAGCAGCGAACGCAACGAUGUUAAACCACAAGCACGUGGAUCUCAGAAAAGAAAAGCUUUGCGUGAAGUCAUUUACUUAAAGAACGAGUUAAAAGGAUGGAAAACAAGUAAACUGCAACUUGACAAACGGCUUUCAACCCUGUCAAUUGCAUUGGUGUUGGUAAUUUCUAUGCUGUACAACGGAGCAUUUUCACCGCCCGGAGCAUUUGUUGUUACUACAAUUGAAGUUUCAAACACAAUCAGGAUCUCUAAAAAUGAUGGGAUGUUAGGAACUGCUGAUAAUGAUGAAGUAUCAAUCUCUUAUCAGGACGCCAUCCGCAACAACAUCACGAGAACAUUGAGUUCUUUUCCGAUGAAAUACUUCCUCCGACCUGAGAAGAGAAGUCACAAAUUGAAACCCUGUACGCCAGUUAACCAUAAAGUUCUGUUUGAUGAGGUCCUUGAAUUUCACAAGAGGUGCUUACCUGGAGAACUAGAGAUUUGUACAUACCUGCAGCGAGCUGUUACUUGGUUCCUCUUGAUUGCCCUGGUUGCGACUCUUGGCGCCUACCCUUCAGCGUUAUUGGCUCCUGAUUUUUCAACCACGUGGUUAGGGCCCCCGAUUCUCUUGCUCAGUCUCGUAUUCGUUGGGAUCAUGAUCCCUCUGGUAAUUCUUUGGAGAAUGCUCGACUUCGAUGACUUCGCACAACGGUACCAUGACAGAUCUGUUGGUCCCAUCAUCUUGAACCACUGAAGCAAAACGUGGAGCACUUGCAGCGGCAAACGUAUUGGAGAAUGCAACUGAAUUCCGACUCAUAAGCACAUCGGGUUCACGUGAAUACAAGAGAGCAGAUGCGAAUCUUGUUUGAAAGAACCGUGAGUGACAUAUGGAACAUUCAAGAAUUUUGGUCAAGUCAUAAAUCUUGAUGAUACAAACAUGUAAAAGAACUGACUAAUCUUUGGAUUUCGACACCUCGUGUCGGAGAGAAAUGUUAGGUGAAUCACCGGAAUGCAAUAUUCAGGAGUGCUGGUAAAUUCAGCAAACUCAGUGCAAGUGUCAAGAAGUAAGAGAGUAACAAUCUGAUGAAAAAUGUUCAAUUCAUUCGGGAUGCCUAAAGCUGAACUGUUGAAAGCUUGUUUUUA